UGGGUAUUCCCAAAAACCCUGCUGUGGUUCUCCAGUGCUAGCGUAGAGAGCUCUCUCUAUCCCGCUGUUUGGGGACCUGUCAGGCUGAUGAGGAGUUAGUCCUGGGACAAACUACACAGGGAAAGUAACGUAACACGAGGAUAGUAAUAACGAACUAUAUCAGCUUCUGACUUUUCUGUCUCUCGGACGUGCAUUACACGUGUACAUUCUAAGGUACUCAAGUGUUGGACUAUGUUUUAGAGCUUAGACACCUGCAUACAAUUCUUCGGAGAAUCUGCACUGGGAUUAUCUGGGAUUUAUUUAGUGAACUUCACCAUGUCUUGGAAAAUAAUGAUGUCUAUUGCGCUACCUUUGGUGGGCGUGUGUUUUGUGACUGUGACUGCUCGACCCGUUCUUGAAACCACGCCUCUCAACAUCACAGCCAAGCGAGGUUUCUCCGUCACGCUUCCGUGUAGUAUCCAGGAUCUCGGCACCCAUAGGGUGAUGUGGAUGUCCCAGUAUAAUGUAGCCAUUACGGUGGAUGAUCGAAUUAUCUUGCCCGACUCCCGAUACAGUCUGGCCCGUUCCUAUGAUAAAGAUUGGGGUCUCGUCAUCAAUAACGUCAAACCGGCGGAUGAGGGUGUAUACAGAUGUGUGGUUCAUUCCUUCCCUAUCCUGGAAAAACAAGUCAGCCUAAUAGUUCUGGUUUCGCCUUCAAUAGACAGUCAAAUGACAAGCAACAAUAUGGCUGUUUCUGAAUUUGACGAUGUGACACUAAGAUGCCACGUGAAGGGUAACCCAAAACCGGAAAUCACGUGGUAUCGCCGAGUUUCCGGUUCUGAUCACCAAUCUCUAGCCCGGGAGCGAUUGGAGCAAACUGGCAACAUUCUCAACAUUCCUCAAAUAACUCGUCAUUCCGCCGGCGAGUACAUCUGUCAUGCUUCCAAUGGUAUCGAACCCAGCGCCUCAAGAAACAUCACCGUGGACGUGCUUUAUGCGCCAGAGAUUCAAACCAUGAUGAGGAAUAUGGGUCAGUACAUCGGUCGAGACUCGACCCUGGAAUGCACGGCAGAGGGCAGUCCCAUUCCAGACAUGAAAUGGUAUAUCGAUGGUCAGCGUAUAAUGGACAGUUGGAAAUUUAAAACCACCAACUACGUGGAGCCGCUGGACGGAGUGGUCACUUCUGCUCUUCUCAUCCGCAAUAUUGACCGCAUCGACUACAGGGUGUACACGUGCGACGCUGAGAAUGCGCACGGCACGGCGCAACAUAAUAUCACUGUUUUUGCAUUAGGUGCUCCUGAAGUGAUCGUCGAACAGUCGAGCCGUAAUAUGAUCGUUAGAGAAGGAACAGAAGUUGAUCUAGAAUGUUUCGCCUCCGGGACCCCAUCACCAACUGUAACUUGGAGCAGGGACGACAGACAGACAGAAAUAGGGCCCGGGACAGUAACAUUGACCAAUAUCCAAGGGAGCGAUGCUGGAACUUACACGUGCUUCGCUGAAAACCCUCUCGGGUCCGACACUCUGGCUAUACAGAUAGACGUAGAAUAUCCACCCACGGUGUCUGUACAGCCAUCAGAGUACCGGUUCUCCGCAGGAGAGAUGAUUGAGAUCAACUGUACUGUUCGGGGCCACCCCUUACCUCAGAUGUCUUGGCGGAAAGAAGACUCGACAGAAAACUUAGCUGUCGAUAUAUCGGAAGUAGACGAAAGCACCUGGAUAAUGGCACUCCGAAUAGACAGUGUCACUUCGGAAGACUUCGGCACUUACCUUUGUGAGGCAGUCAACACAGCUAAUAGCAGUUCCAGCACAAUCCAAUUGAUAGAGAUUCACACAACGAACGCACCCACAGCUGCGCCGACAUCCACGACAACGACAACGACAACGACGACGACAUUGCCAACGACACCCGAAUCCACAACAAUGAAACCGACAACGACGAUGAAAAAAGACAACGUUCACAACCCAGCGGAGGAAAUAAAAGCUACCUCACCAAAACCAAACAACCAAGGAACAGAUUCUCCCCCAGGAGGAGAGAAUUCAUCACCGUUAAUGAGAGCGACGUUUACUCCAGUUUUAGUAUUUUUUGUUACCGUAUUGGCCAUCUGGUGAAGACAGUGCAAUGUUUGUCCUAUCUGCUCAAUCUGAUCUAUAAAAUCGUAUUAUUCCGGAAUCCGAACACAGGCGACGGGAUCAGAUUUACAGUAUUACCUAGUGACUACUUCCGGAUGUAUUGGUUAAUCCACGGGAUACAUUACAGAUUUUUAAUUUAGUGCCAAUGAAUUAUCUUACAAGUUAAAUAUGGCAUAUUGAUGGUUAAAUGAGAUCUAGGUUUUGUUAGAGUUAUUACAACAAUAAGAUCAGAAUGUCGUGGCGACAUUUCAUCAUUUCUAGUGUACAAUCACAGUAGCCAAAUGUAGCCCCUAUUUUUGCAGUAUUCGUUGAUAGUCCGUCCACAGGUUAGGUAGGAACUCAUAACACAUUAAAGGGAGUAUAAAAUGUCGAUAAAACAUUACAUAAAAGGUAUACAAAUUCAAGAUGAUUGAUAGUUAUUAGAAAAAAAAUAUCAAAAAGCUAUCUGUUUAAACCGAAACCACAUACGCGUUUCAAACAAUAUCUUUUAUCCGGAAUCAUGCACAACGAACACUCCACAUUCCGGUUUCAAAUAUUAGCUACUCAUUUCUUCAUCCGAAAUAAUAAGCUAUCAUUGUAUCAGUUGAUAUAUUACUGACAUGUGCCGCUUAUCACCUGUUUUUUUCUUAUUCAGUUGAAAUGGUAUUGGUUAUUUUAUAACACAGCAUUUUCUAAUCCGGUAAUUCGGAGUCUCGUUAAUCAAGACUACGUUAGUUCAGAAUCGCGUUGUUUUCAACUACGUUAAUUCGGAAUCUCAUUAAUCCAAACCGUGAUUCGGAAUUCAGAAUCGCUUUUAUCUGAACUACGUUAAUUCAGAGUCGCGUUAAUCUGAACUAUGUAAAUUAGGAGCCUCUUUAAAUCACACUCCAGUGACCCGGAGUCUCGUUAAUCCGAACUACAGUGAUUUGACAUCUCGUUCAUCCGACCUACGUUAAUUCGGAAUCGCGUGAUUCUGAACUUUGUUAAUUCGGAAUCUCGUUAAUUCGAACUACGUUAAUUCGGAAUCUCGUUAAUUCGAACUACGUUAAUUCAGAUUCUUGUUUACCUGAACUACGUUAAUUUGUAAUCUCGUUAAACUAAAGUACAGUGAUUCGGAGUUCGUUAAUCCGAACUACGUUAAUUCGGAAUCUCGUUAAUCCAAACUACAGUGAUUCGGAGUUUCGUUAAUCCGAACCUUGUUAAUUCGGAAUCGUUUUUAUCUAAUUAUAAUAAACUACGUUAAGUCGGAGUACCGCUAAUCUGAACUGCGUUAAUUAGGAGCCUCUUUGAUUCAAACUACGUUAAUUCGGUGUCGCGUUAAUCCAAACCACGUGUCAGGAGUAUAUUACUCGUUCGACUCGAGACAAUGAGAAGUAAACGUUGCGUUGACUUUCCUCCAAGUUACACUAGUUUGAUCAAAACAUCGGAGCACUUCCCGUCAAGCCAUGUAUUAGCAGGUUAAACGGAAAUGUGACAGUUACUCGCUCUCUAUGUUUAGCUCAUACCACAGGAAACAAAGACUAGAUCAGUUGACACUAGACCUUUGUUUGUGGUCGUCUUGUGUAGGUUUAUCCCUUCUUGUAAAUAGUUAAGUGUAGCUGUAGGAGUAUGGUUGUAAUUUAACGCUGACUUCCGGUACUGGCGGUGAAAGGAGGUUGCGUACAAGUGUAACCGGAAGUGUAGGUAUAUGACUAAUUGUAUGAAAGAUGAUGAAGAUUGAAGGGCCUGAAUGACAUUUGGAAUGAUUGUAUAAAUAGAACAUUUUUAUUGUAAUACUGAACGAGAGAGAAAAAGACGUAGGAUGAAAAACCAAAUAUAGGAGAUUCAGUAAUAUUAGUGUAAUGUCUUACUAAUAGGAUUGUGAGGAAUGUAUGUGAAAAUGGUUUAGUUUAACAUGCAAAAUCUGUAUUUACGUUUCGUCUGUUGUCGUUCUUUUGUAUUUUAAUGAACAUUUGAGAAAUAAAUUGUACAUUUCGAUGAAUCAAAUUCCUUAUCGGCAAUUCCGGUGAUUUCACUUUUGAAAAUCUUCAUAACAACUAUAAAUCUGAUCUUAAUUCUGCCGUUUCCAUGGCAAUAGUUAUAAUCAAAAGUCCAUCAGUAAAAUCUGAAUCAUGUAGAGAUUUCUGAGACAGUGUUUAACAAGGUCUGAUAGUAGCUACAGUGUAUUUUACUAAAUUUGAUUGUAUAUUGUUUCGUUUGGUAUACUUUAAAAGAUUUUUAUUUUUGUGUGUGUGAUGAUUUUUUUAUAAUAAGUAUGAUUAAGCUUUAAGUUAAGUAAUUAAGUACGUAAAGCUUUAAAACUUUAAUCAUUAAACGAAUAUAGGGAGUUUAGUAUUUUGUAACCGUCGGAUAACGUACAACUGUAAUAUACAUAGUUAAAUAUACACUCUGAAUAUGAUUUUCAUAAAAUUCAUUAAACUAAUUUCGAACUGUUAAAUCUUAGUACGACGGAACGCUGUUUAGCAUGAUGAUACUGAAAAUCUGUCAUAACUGAAUAAUCAGGACAUACGUUUUCUUUGUUUUAGGUGAGUGGAUGUGUUAUUGAACCCAGAUAUAUAUUCAUAUUUCAACACGUGUAACAAAUAUCACCGAUUAGUAUUUUACCUUCAUCCAUCUGUUAUCUGAGUUUGACUUUUAUUGUUCUCAGAAUCACAUUCUCUUGUUCCCGAGCUUAUUAUCCUACAAUACGACAAAGACAUUUCCUAUGUAAGAUCGUUUUGAAAUCCUAUCUGUGUAAUGGCAGUGGCGCUUUGUUCAAAACGGUUACAAAAUCAAGAUGAAAUCAGAGGUUUUGAAACGUGUUGAGAAGGUGGAUUCUAAUAAUUGACAAAAUGUCUCAUAGGGUUGCUUGAACAAGCAACAUACAUGUACAUAGGGGCCUGACACAUUUCUAUGACUCAGCGUUGCAAAUUAACCAGACGAGGGUCCGACCAUCACAUAUCUCAUUCAAGGUCAUAAACAUCGUCUUCGAAAUUGAAGACAUGUUAUUUAAUGUUCGAUUCUGACCACAAAUAAGUCUGAUUAUUUCUAUAUGUGUAUAUGGCUCCUGUUUAAGGAACUAACCUAACCUUACCAGUGAUACCAAACAGAUUUCAAGUCGGACUGCUGCUCCCGAGAUGCUAUGUAGGAAGACUCCAUUUGUACUUUAAAAAACAACUUUGAAUUUUAAACAAUGUCUUUGUCCUUGUCAAUUAUAAAUGAACUAGGAGUCGUACCAAGGGUUUAUUUAUCUGUGUUUUUGUUCUGGGUCACAUGAACGUGUCAAGCACCUGUGGCUACAUAUAUGCACUGCACCGUAAUGAACCCACAUCUGGUUAUUUCAUUAUCUUUUACUGGAAAAAAUGCAUCAUAUUGUUAUUGCAAUGUACACUGUAUACUACUUGGUGAGAUUUUGACAGAAAUUAUUCAAAGAGAAAUAAAUAAUAUUUUCAGUUUCUGUCAUAAGAUAUUACAUAGCAUUUUUAUUCACACAAUAAGUUACAAAUGUAGCAUAUUGAUUCAUGUACCACCACUUAAUGUUGUCGAGAUUAUUAUCUCACAAAAAUAGUUUGAUAAAUUGAACCUAUCUAUCUUGAUUCCGGAACAUAACAUCAUGUCUUCUGAACUGAUGUUCACUUAUAACACCAAAAUAAAAAUAUUAGACAAUAUAAGGAAUCAUUUUAGUGAAAAUGAUAAACAAUCAAAAUGCCGAAAAAUGAUCCGCAGUUCUUACCACGUGUUUUGUCGUGCAAUCACGUCUUUUUAUCACAAAUGCACGUUGGUAAUUAAUUGCUCGUGUUGUUAAUUGAUUAAAUUUUCUAUUGCUUAUCAAGCAACAUGAUUUCCCUUUUAAUAUAUUCAUAUUUCAAUAUUCCCUGUAAGUAUACCAGUGUGUGUGUGUAUUGUGUACGUUUGUAUGAACUGAAAGGACGUGUAAAGAAAAUAAAACCUGUUUUACAGAACAAUA